AUGCGAUACAUUCAGGUUUCAGCUGGUGAGAGGCAUACAGUGCUUCUCCGAAGCGAUGGCAAGGCUUUUCUUUGUGGCUUUGGGUUUGCUCCAAAGGACGUUCAACCUUUGGAUAUGGGACAGACGUUCAUCCAGGUGUCUGCAGGUCGGUCUCAUAUCGUGUUGCUUCGAAGUGAUGGCAAUGUUGUUGCAUUCGCUGGAAAUGAUUGCGGACAACGAAACAUUCCAUCUUUGGAUGAAGGAAUGUCAUACACCCAAGUCUCUGCAGGUGGCUAUCACACCGUUCUUCUCCGUAGUGAUGGCCAUGCUUCUGCAUGCGGCCUGAACAAUGAUGGACAAUGCACCAUUCCACCUUUGGUUGAAGCAAUGUCAUACACCCAAGUGACUGCUGGCAGGAACCACACUGUGCUUCUCCGAAGUGACGGCUGUGCUGUUGCAUGUGGGGACAAUGAACAUGGACAAUGUGACAUCCCAUCUUUGCAUGAAGGACUGUCGUAUAUUCAAGUUUCUGCAGGUUGGUUUCAUACCGUGCUUCUCCGAAGUGAUGGUAGUGCCGUGGCGUGCGGUCGCAAUUUCUCUGACCCCGCCGGACGCAAUUUCUCUGACGAGACUAAUAUUCCCUUACCCGAACCUGGAACUCGUUACAUUUGCGAUCGGAAGCCAUUAGGUCGAGAUGUUGUUUUGCAACUUGAUCUAAGUUCCAUGGGUGCUGCUGAUGCCGUUGAUGUUUUGGAACUGACAUGCUCCAGUUUGGCUGGGCAGGAGGUGUCGCGUUUGAAGGUCAGUGGCUCUGAUUCGCUUUUGAAGAUUCACGAACGCAUCGCAUGUGAACUGAAGACGGACCUUCUGUGUCUUCGAGCUGUUUUGCGUAGUGGACAGUUGCUGGCCUCACUCUACCGAGCUAAUCCAGAGACCACUGUGGUGGAGCCUCCGAGCAUUCCUGGGGCUGUUCCAGAUCCGGAGGCGUCACCUUUGGAGCGCGGCCGCAGCACCGGCCUCUCCAGCGGCUUUUCCAAGGUGCCGGUGCUGCAAAGGUCAGACUCGCGGCUCUCCAAGGCGAUGCUCGCUGCAGACCUGCCUCGAGACAAGGCUAUCGCGCCUCAGCUUGAACGUUCGGGCACGGGCCUGUCCUCGAAGUUCUCCAAGGUGCCCCAAAGCCUGGAUUUCACCAAGGGAAAGGGGUUGUAUUGCCAAUCUUUGGUGGUUGUCCUGCUGAUUUUCCGAAUCCCAGAGUUGGUUCCAGCAAAAUGCGAGGAGAAGGGAGGGGAUCCCACCAUCGAUAAAAGCGGUGAAGAUGGCAGGGAUGAUGUUCCAGGUCAGAGACGAACGAACAUCUUCAAGGUGAAGGGCCUGAAAAGGUGGGGACUGUUUAGGCAGCAGGAAACUGUGGACGUGGGUAUCAUGUCCUCACCGUGGAUGUCCAACUGCGAAGCAAAGCCACCUUUGCAGCGCGAUGGUGGCAAUAAGGCCAUCAAGGCUCCCAGGGCUACCAGCAAGGUGCCUUACUUGGAACGCUCCGGCACCGGGCUCUCAAAGGUGUCUAAGGCAUCGAGUGCCAAGAAGGCGCGUUUCUUGGAGGAGAUGAGUCCGGUCCACAAGGAGCUGUCGAAUUCCCAGGACCCGGAGACCGAGAACAUCUCCACCGAGGAUUCUGAGGAAUCGGACUCGGAAAAAUCGUCCAGUGACGGCCCAAAACCACCAGCACCACCAAAAAAAGUGGCGCCGGUCACACACGCGGCGGACAGAUCGCAGGGAGAACCGUCCGAUCUCAUGAAAUUGGCCUUACUGCAGCAGUACAAGGUGGAAUUCCUUGAAAGGGUGAGGCUCCAACGAAGAGAGGUCUCUGUUCCAGCAGCCACUGGAAUUUUGAGAGAAGUCGCCUUCUUCAAGGAGUUUGACGACGUCUUGUCAGGCACCAUCUUUCACUUGGCGAAGUUGGCAUUACUCCAAGACGCAGAGGAAGGUGAAGUUCUCUUCCGUCAGGGCGACGAUCCCAAGGACUGCUACGUGGUGACGCGAGGCUCGGUGGGGGUCUACAUCCGAAAGGAGGAGCAGCGGUCGCCACGGGAAUUCGAUGAGGAGCACCUCCAAGUCACCCUGGUAAAGAAAGCUCCACGUUGUCAGCUGCCAUGCUUCAGGCGUCAAGAGGCGAGGGGAGGGGAGUCGUACCCAAAGUCGCUGGGGAUUGAACAGUUGGCACAUGAGUUGGUCGCGUGCUUGCGCCUGAACACCUAUUGCGACAGCUCGGAUCUGGGCACGCGCGUGGUCUCACUGCAGCGCGGCGCAGCCUUCGGAGAGCGUGCGGCAUCCAUCCGUUGCGAAUCCAAAUGCACAUUUUUGGUGAUCAGGCGGAAUGCCUUCCAGAAAUGGUUUUCUGAAAGCAUCAGCGCAGAUGUCUACAGGAAACGCCUCUUCUUCAUCAGCAAAAUCCCGGGCUUUGCCAAUGAGACCCUAAGGUCUGGCUUGGUGCCUGCAGAACUUUCGGGGUCCGAAUACGAACCAAAAGUCGCAGCCUUCAAUGAGCAACAUCAGCGACAGUUCGAGCCCGCAAGGCGCUGGGAGGAGAACCAUCGCAUGUCUUUCUCUUCGCAUCGCGAUCUCCUCUUGGGCGACGUCUUGGGUGACGAUCACGAUGCACCAGGUGGCGACAUCAGCCACGCUGAUGUUCGACCUGCAAUGGUUUGUGCAAGUCAAUAUCACACAGUGCUGCUUCGCAGUGAUGGUCAGGCUGUUGCAUGCGGAAGCAAACACGAUGGAAAAUGCGACAUCCCGCGCUUGAACCACGGUGAGUCAUACAUCCAGGUCUCUGCAGGGGCAGGGCAUACGGUGCUCCUUCGAAAUGACGGAUGGGUAGUUGCUUGCGGAAAGUCUGACGAUGGACAGUGCAGCAUUCCACCUUUGGCAGAAGGAAUGACGUAUACCCAGGUGUCUGCAAACUUGUAUCAGACAGUGCUUCUGCGAAGUGAUGGCCGUGCUGUUGCUUGUGGACAAAACGAUUCUGGACAAUGCGACUUCCCACCUCUCAAUCAAGGAAUGUCCUACACGCAAGCCUCUGCUGGAGGGUUUCAUACCGUGCUUCUCCGACAAGAUGGACAUGUUGUGGCUUGCGGAGAUAAUGUUUUUGGACAAUGUAGCAUUCCACUUGUGGAGGAAGAAAUAUCGUACACCCAAGUUUCUGCAGGUCUAAGUCACACAGUGCUUCUUCGAAGUGAUGGCGCUGCUGUAGCUUUCGGAUCUAACCGGCAUGGACAAUGCAACAUUCCACCUUUGGAAGAAGGAACAUCAUACACCCAGGUUUCUGCAGGAGCAACUCAUACAGUGCUUCUGCGAAGUGAUGGCCGUGCUGUAGCCUCCGGAUCGAAUAGUCAUGGACAAUGCAACAUUCCACCUGUGGAAGCGUACGUUCAGGUUUCUGCAGGAGCCAACCACACUGUGCUUCUCACCAUUGAUGGCCGUGCUGUAGCUUGCGGAUUGAAUAGUGAUGACCAAUGCAACAUUCCUGAUUUGAAGGAAGGAAUGUCAUACACCCAGGUCUCUGCAUGGGCAACUCAUACAGUGCUUUUUCGAAGUGAUGGCCGUGCUGUAUCUUGCGGACGCGAUGCGAGAGUGGAAGGAAGGUCAGACACCCGCAAGUCCACAGGGGGAGGUCACGCAGUGCUUGUCCAAAGUGAUGGCAAUGUUGUGGCUAAAGGAAUGAAUCAACAUGGGCAGUGCAGCAUUCCACCUUUGGAGGAAGGAAUGUCCUACGCACAAGCUUCUGCUGGCGGCUUUCAUACUGUGCUUCUCCGACAGGAUGGAAAUGCUGUGGCUUGUGGAGAUAAUGAACAUGGACAAUGCAACAUUCCAGCCCUAAAGAACGGCAUGUCAUACAUCCAGGUGUCAGGCGGGAGUGCUCAUACUGUCCUGCUCCGGAGUGACGGCUGUGCCGUUGCUGUGGGACGCAAUCAAUAUGGACAAUGCAACAUUCCACCUCUCGGUGAAAACAUGUCGUACAUCCAGGUCUAUGCAGGUGGAUUUCAUAGCGUGUUUCUUCGAAGCGAUGGCGUGGCUGUGGCUUCUGGCUGGAAUCAUCACGGACAAUGUGACAUUCCAACGAUCAAAAAGCGUGGCUGUGUCUAUGUUGCAGAUCCUGCUCGGCCACGUGGGAAGGAUCUCAUUUUGCAAGUGGAAUUUGCCUUCAAAGACCUGGUGGGCGUCACCUGGAUCUGCUCCAAUCUGGCUGGGGCGGAGAAGUUGCGCUUCGAGGCCUUGGCUUCCGACUUGGCCUCGGACAUUCACAGCUGCAUCGCCUCUGACCUCAACGUCAGCCUUCAGGAUCUGCAGCUGGUCCUACCUGACGGCCAGCUCUUGCUGUCGAUCUAUGCCGCCAAUCCCAAGGCCACCGUGCGGAUGGUGGUGCCAAAAGACCUGGCACCCUGGUGGCAGGUCAUUUUGAAGGAAGGUGUUGUUGAGGAUCCAGUGAUCUACAUUGUCCGUUCAGGUCACUUGGACAUCCUUCGACGAUCCAUGCGGCCACAUAGUGCCAGUCGCAAGCGCGCAAGCAGCUACAUCGUCCUGCCAGUGCAGGCGGCUCGUCAUACAAUGAUUGAGAUUGUUGAUGGUCAAUGGUCGACCCCGGCCCUUCAUGGCACCCAGGGAGGUACAAUUCGGCAGGAAGAGUUCAGCCUCAAAGUGUCCUCGAAGGCCGGAAGUUCCCUGAAAGCCUUGACCAUGGUCUGCAGUGUCUUCGUUGCCCGAGAGGAUGACCUCGAGGCGCUGCCGGAGCGCGUCAUGAAACCUCUGUUGGCUCACAUCCGGCAGGCCUUGCGACCUUUGCUGUGCUAUUCUGGCGCCUAUCAGUGUUUGGAUCAGCUGAUCUUGGAAGAUACCAAGGAGGCAUACGCAGAUGGGACAAGACGAGUGAUCUUGGAUAGAACUCACUUGAAGGCGGAGAGUACAACAGGACUCCGAGCAUGCAGCUUUACUCUGAGCUCCGUAGGUCAAGCCAAGUUGACCAGGCGGAUGGGCGGAUGGACGGAUGGGGAAGCUGGGCCCAACAAGUUAUGGCUAGAGCCGGGGGAAACCGGAGAUGUUCCGCCAGUUGGAGGCGCCCUACUGCUACGCCACGCACGUCUUGCCAAGCACAGGUCUUCACAUCACUCGGACGUCCACGGCUGGCUGAGCCAUGACUGGAGCUCGGCGGAGAUGCAGCUCAUGAUUCUGGCGGUGCCUCGGAAAUUUGAAGACACUCAUAUCUGUGUUCGCAAUAGCUUGUCGCUGAAUGUGAUGACUGAGAGUUCCAGAUUGUCCAGAAGAGCUGGGAACUUCAGCCAAAAGUUCAUCUCCAGCGACAUCCUAUUCAUCGCCGGUGUCGGUGCUCCAAGCAUGCAUGGUUCUUAUGGGCAUCAACAGGGCAACAGCACUGCUCAAAACAAUAUUUGCAAUGAUACUGGCACUCAAAUGGCGACUUCAAUCCAGGAGCUCUUGAGGAUCCAGCGGCACCAGAUGUCUGCUGUCCUGAAGAAGAGGCAGCUGGGACCACGCUGCAACUCGCAACAGAUUCAGCACGGCUUGCCGACCCGGUGA